AUGGCCGACCACCCUCCUGCCACCCAGUCGGGAAUGCUCGACCACAUGCAGCGCUUCUACUUGAUCACACCUGGGGCAGCCCGCACUUUGAUCAAUGGCAUUGAGCUGCCUAUCACGGAGCCACCCGACCUCUUGGAGUGUCUCAUGGCCAUGGCCCACAGACACUCUACUUUGCUCGGGAAUGCCAAUGCAGCACGACUGCCAGUGCCACCUCGGUUGCAAUCAGAAUCGGCACCACGAACGCCCCGCAUGCCCCAGCCAUCUGCCGCCGGUGACGGCAUGGCAUCGGCAGCUGCUGGGCCGGGCGUGAAGCCCACAGCAGGCAACGGGACGUUCACGUACGAACGUGUCACUGCCAGAGGAAACGCCCUGCAGUUCAAUGCCCCCGUUGGCACCGAUCCGGCCAUUUUCAACUGCAACAUAAGCCACAGAGACACCUGUGCCUCGGACUGGAGCGUCAUGUUCAACGCGCCUGUCCUGGCUGACGCCAAGGAGAUUGUUAAACUGGACAUUCACUACAAGGAGCGACGCGACGCGGCUGCCGCCGCGGCGCCUGGGCAGGGCUGA